GGGUCUAGAGGGGGUGGCAGGUGCCCCGCGGACAACGCGCUGGCACCAAUGACGGGACGUCCUCCUCCCUUAGCAAGGCCUAGGAUGCCACCCCCGGCCGCAAAGGAGGCCGGGAGCAGGGACCUGCGGGAGAGAGCCGGGAAGGGCGCGCAGAGCGCAGAGUCCCGUGAGAAGCGCGCCAAGGGAGCACCCGCAAGGGAGCCCCCCAAGCCAGGCUGGGCUCUGUCACUGGAGGGGCUGGAGGCCAUGAGCCCCAAGCAGUGCCACCGCCACCUGCUCUUCGGGGACUUGCUUGAAGACGUGGGUGCGGCCGCCUCCAUCUUCCCCCGCGAGUCGGCGGAGUUGGGGUACCGGAUGCCCGACCCGCGGGCGUGGAUGCAGUCACUGGAAAAAAAAUCAAGGCGGCAGGCCCGCGGUCGGGUCCGCGCCUUGCGGCUGCGCUACACCUACAUGCGGACACCUGGCCCCAGCCCCUCUCCCGCAGCGGAGGCGCGUGGAGACCAUUCUGGAGGAGAAAGUGGACGGCAGGAACUUCCUGCGCUGACGGCCACACGCACUGGCGACCACACCCCACCUCCCCCAUAAAGUUCUGGUUCUCCAA